GAACACAUAGUGCUUAUUUCCAAAUAGAUGUCACCACGGGAACCGUAACGACAUCUCAUCUUUUGGAGCGUGAUCCAGCCGCGUCAUCUAUCGUUAGUUUCAACCUCCUGAUUGUUACGGUGACCGAUCUUAAUGGGAACGUUGGUAGCACUGCAAUUACAAUCAACCUGAAUGAAUUGAACGACAAUCGACCAAUCUGUAAUCCAAGUGUAUAUACAUAUAGUGGUGUGAUGGAAGAGUCUACUGCAGUUAUAACAGUGGCUACUCUAAGUUGUCAAGAUAUAGAUGAUGGAGUAAAUGGUGUACUGACUUACUCCAUAAGCCGUGGAAACGAUGGUUCAUUCACCAUCGAUGCAGCCAGUGGUUUGAUAGAGACGUCUGGUUCACCGAUUGAUUAUGACACUUUAGGUGGCCAGGGCUACAUGUAUACUUUAGGGAUAGAUGUUGUUGAUAGUGGGACCACGGUGAGAUCAGGAACAGCGACUUUAUAUGUGCAGAUUCUACCAAUUAAUGACAAUGCUCCAGUGUGGGGUUUAUUGUCCCCAGCCUCCCCUUAUAGUAUAUCAGAGAACGCUGGAAUUGGCACGACCAUUGUGACUGCCCCUGCUACUGACGCCGAUGACCCUGGUACCGCUGAUGGGCAAAUAACAUAUUCAAUCGUAAACGUAGUUGCAGAUGAUGCAACGACUAAUGGUAUAGCCCUAUUCAGAAUCAACCCAAGCACUGGAGUGGUGUAUACCACAGGGCCAUUGGAUCGGGACCCAGAUGGUGGAAAGGUUUAUUAUGAUAUAACAAUAGAGGCCAAAGAUGGUGGUCUCACACCAAACUCUGUUACUCAAGUUAUUAAUCUGACAAUCAAUAACUACAAUGAUAUAGUGCCUACAUUCAUUAGAUCACUUUAUACAGCGACUGUGAAUGAGGGUGACGCUAUAGGGACGAAAGUUAUCUCCCUUGAAGCAUCUGAUAAUGACCCGGGUACAGUCCUAACAUAUGCAAUCAUAGGUGGAAACGCUGCAGAUAAAUUUCAAAUGAACGUUGGAACAGCGGAGCUGAUUGAGAUAAAGACAAUGAUAGACUUGGACUCUCCAACAAAUGACCCCAGUGUCUAUUCACUGAUACUUGAAGUGAAGGAUGGUCCGUUGACACCUUUGCUCAGUAGCACAACAAUAGUCGAGAUCAAUGUACAGCCUGUGAACGACAACGCACCUACUUUUGGUGACACCGUGCCUUCUGGAACUAUAUCAUUAUCCGAAAAUUCCGCAGUUGGAACCAUUGUUGCUACAGUGGUUGCUACUGACUUGGACUAUGGCUCACAAGGAAAAAUAACAUACACAUACCAAAGUGGAGAUCCUGGUACAUACUUCCAAGUGGACAGUAAAAGUGGUGUUAUCAGACUGCAAGAACAACUUGAUUAUGAUACUUUAAGUGGUCCAAUAAUUGCAUUAGUUGUACAGGCUGCUGAUGGCGCUGCAGUACCAAAUGUAGCAAUCACCACUAUCAACAUUAAUCUGCAAGAUGUCAAUGAUAAUGGACCCGUUUGUUCUCAGAAUACAUACAGUGUUAAUAUGAAUGAGGAUGAAGCUAUUGGAUACACGGUACUCGAUCUUGACUGCACGGAUGCAGAUGCAACCGACAUAGUUGUGUAUUCUAUACAGGCUGGCAACACAGCAAGUGCUUUCACUAUAGACGCUGCUGGAGUGCUGACCACGGCUACAAUUGUGGACUAUGAUUCAACCACAUCAAGUUACAAUCUUCUGUUACGAGCUAGUGAUGGGACUAACGAUGCAGAUGUUCCCGCCACAAUAACAUUGUUACCCAUCAAUGAGCAUUCUCCCGUAUUUGCUCCAGCAAGGGUCAUAUCUACAUUAUUAGAGAGUGUACUCCCGGGAACUGUUGUUGCAACAUUGACUGCCAGUGAUCUCAACCGUCCCCCACAUGACAUUGAUGCAUAUUCUAUUGUUUCUGUCUCCAACAGCGGCAUGGGACUCUUCAUCAUUGACUCGGUUACAGGGUCUGUUUCUGUUGCAUCCGCAUUAGACUAUGACUCCAUGCCUACAGAUGACAAGACAUACGUGAUCACUGUGGACGCAGUGGAUUAUGGAGGGUUAUCAGAUACCGCAACUGUGACUCUGACAGUGAGUGAUGCUAACGAUAUUACUCCUUCAUGUUCACCCACAUCCACCGCUCUACUAGUCAAGGAGAAUAUAGUUGCACUGCCUCACGCAGUUGUACAGCUAACGUGUGUGGACGGAGAUGACAGUCCAAAUGGUGACCUAACAUACUCCCUUGUCCAAACACCAGGCACAAAUUUUGCAGUAACGUCAAGUGGAGUGGUAAAUCUCAUCAGUACUUUGGAUUAUGAAUCGGGAACUAGAUCAUAUCAAUUGACAGUAACUGCUCAAGAUGGUGGCUCACCAGGUAAAAGUGUGAAUGUAGCCAUAGGUAUAACAGUCCGACCAGUGAAUGAAGGCCCUCCUGUCUUCACUGGGACAUUUACGGCAACCGUGAGUGAGAACGCAGGACUGGGCACAUCUGUCAGUGAGGUAGUUGCUACAGAUGUUGACAGUAACACACAUGAACAUGGCAUAUUACAAUAUUCUAUCAUUAGCGGGGAUUCAAACAACCAGUUCUUCAUUGAUCCGUCAACAGCUCAAGUUCAGAUAAAUGGCGUGCUGGACAGGGAAUCUGUGAGUAGUUAUCUUCUGGUUGUCCAGGCUCAAGAAACGUGUCUAACUUACAGCGCAACAGCGACAUUGACUGUUACAGUACAAGAUGUUAAUGAUGAAACACCUACAUGCACAGUGGAAUCAUAUAGUACAAGUGUAAGUGAGACACAGACAACCCCAUUCGAUAUUGUCUCACUUGGGUGUACAGAUUUGGACACGACACCAUUUGGUACUCUGACAUACUCCCUCACUGGAGGGUCUUCAGCUUUUGUUGUGUCAGCCACGGGGGUCAUACAACUGACUGGCGAUGUUGAUUUUGAUGCAGGGGUACGCCAAUAUGAUAUGACUUCAAUAAUAACUGAUGGUACAAAUAGUGAAACUGCAACAGUGUCGGUAACGAUCAAUGGAGCAAAUGAGCAUUCACCUAUAUUCACAAGAUCAGGCUCGUAUUCUGCUAUCGUUGAUGAGGAUGUUGCCAUAGGGACGAUCAUCCAUAAGGUAACCGCCAAUGACGCUGAUUCUUCUGAUACAAAAGAUGGCCAGGUCGGAUACACAUUUGUUAGUGGACCAUAUCCAGGUUUCACUCUAGACCAAACAACAGGGGAUAUUUUACUAUCAAGGAGAUUGGAUAGAGAAACACUAUCAUCAUACUCGCUUCUAGUUGAGGCUAGUGAUGGAACAAAUGUCGCCACUGCUACUGUUUCACUAACAGUUGGAGAUGAAAACGACAAUGCACCCGUAUUUAGUCCCAGAACCUAUAGUCAAACACUGGCUGAAAGUGUCUCUGUUGGAAGUGCAGUCAUAACUGUUACAGCUACAGAUGCAGAUGAUCCGCUUAUAGACAACAAUGGCGUCAUAUAGUAUAGGAUUCAUAGUAAGCCAAAAGCAAACACUAUAGCUACGUGGGCUAUAAUAUUAUAUUAAUCUAUUUACCAAAAGUAAACUGUAAAUAAAUAAUAUAGAAAUCCAAUAUUUUUGUCUGCUCCACACAUAUGUUAUAGAUAAGGACGAUAUUAAGAUAAAUAACGAAUAAAUAAUAAUCUCUCGUUAUUUCAUA